AUGGUAGCGCCAUUUUCUUUGUCCUGUAUAAGUAGCGUUAGCUCACUUCUUAACAGACCAGUCUCUUUUUUUGUUUUUGCAUUCUUUUGUCUCUCUGUCGCUUUCUUCUGUCUCUCUUUCCCUCUCACUUCGCUUUCUUCCGUCUCUCUCUCUUUCUCUCUCGCUUUCUUUUUCUUUUGCUUUCUGUCUCUUUCACUCUCUCUUCGUUUUCUUCUGUCUCUCUUUCCCUCACUUCGCUUUCUUCCGUCUCUCUCUGUCUUUCUUCUGUCCUCUCUUUGCUAUCUUCUGUCUCUCUCUCUCUCUCUUCCUUUCUUCUGUCUCUUUCCCUCUCACUUCUUUCUUCCGUCUCUCUCUUUCUCUCUCCUUUCUUCUCCUGUCUCUCUUUUUCUUUCUUCUGUCUCUCUCUUCUUUCUUUGUCUCUCUUUCUUCUUCGCUUUCUUCCGUCUGUCUUUCUUUCUCUCUCUUUUUGCUAUCUUCUGUCUCUCUCUCUCUCUUCGCUUUCUUCUGUCUCUCUUUCCCUCUCUCUUCUUUCUUCUUUCUCUCUCUCUCUUUCUCUCUCUUUCUUCUGUCCUCUCUCUUUCUUUCUUCUGUCUCUCUCUCUCUCUCUCCUUUCUUUCUGUCUCUCUUUCCCUCUCUCUUUCUUCCGUCUCUCUCUCUUUCUCUCUUUCUUCUUUCCUCUCUCUUUGCUUUCUUCUGUCUCUCUCUCCUCUCUCUUCCUUUCUUCUGUCUCUCUUUCCCUCUCACUUCGCUUUCUUCCGUCUCUCUCUCUUUCUCUCUCGCUUUCUUCUGUCACUCUCUCUUUGCUUUCUUCUGUCUCUCUCUCACUCUCUCUUUGCUUUCUUCUGUCUCUCUUUCCCUCUCACUUCGCUUUCUUCCGUCUCUCUCUCUUUCUCUCUCGCUUUCUUCUGUCACUCUCUCUUUGCUUUCUUCUGUCUCUCUCUCACUCUCACUUCGCUUUCUUCCGUCUCUCUCUCUUUCUCUCUCGCUUUCUUCUGUCACUCUCUCUUUACUUUCUUCUGUCUCUCUCUCUCUCUUCCUUUCUUCUAUUUCUCUUUCCCUCUCUUCCUUCCUUUCUUCCGUCUCUCUCUCUCUUUCUCUCUCGCUUUCUUCUGUCACUCUCUCUUUGCUAUCUUCUGUCUCUCUCUCACUCUCUCUUCGCUUUCUUCUGUCUCUCUUUCCCUCUUUGCUUUUUUUUCUCUCUCUCUUUCUCUCUCUUUCCUGUCUCUUUCUUCUCUCUCUCUCUCUCUCUCUUUCUUUCUUCUCUCUUUCCCUCUCUUCUUUCUUCCGUCUCUCUCUCUUUCUCUCUCUUUCUUCUUCCUUCUGUCUCUCUCUCCUCUCUCUUUGCUUUCUGUCUCUCUUUCCCUCUCUCUUUCUUCCGUCUCUCUCUUUCUCUCUCUCCCUUUCUCUUCUUUACUUUCUUCUGUCUCUCUCUCUCUCUCUCUUUUGCUUUCUUCCGUCUCUCUCUCUUUUCUCUCUCCUUUCUUUCUCUCUUUGCUUUCUUCUGUCUCUCUCUCUCACUCUCCUUCUUUCUUCCGUCUCUCUCUCUUUCCCUCUCGCUUUCUUCUGUCACUCUCUCUUUGCUUUCUUCUGUCUCUCUCACUCACUCUCUCUUCGCUUUCUUCCGUCUCUCUCUCUUUCUCUCUCGCUUUCUUCUGUCACUCUCUCUUUGCUUUCUUCUGUGUGUCUCUCUCUCUCACUCUCUGUUCACUUUCUUCUGUCUUCUUUACCUCUCACUUCGCUUUCUUCCGUCUCUCUCUUUCUCUCUCGCUUUCUUCUGUCACUCUCUCUUUGCUUUCUUCUGUCUCUCUCUCUCUCACUCUCUCUUCGCUUUCUUCUAGAGGUGUCGAGGUGGGUGUCGUCUCUCGAUUAUUUAGUCUGAAUACAGAAUUUGAAGAAAGACACCGUCACAAUGGCGUCGCGUCGAGAGACUAUGGUUUUACGCAGCAAGACAAAUCGUAUUGCGCCAAGCAAGAGGAACAAAGAAGAAGAGUUCUAGACCAAUCGGUACGCACGACUAGAUCGUCAAAAGAGAUCGAUUUACCAAUGUCUGCGUCUCAAAGUCCCGUAUAUGUGAGUCUGUUCUAUCUACCACCCACCCACCCUCUCUCUCUCUCUCUCUCUCUCUCUACCAUCUAUCUUUACCGAUCUGUACAUUAUAUCUAUCUAUCUAUCUAUCUAUCUAUCUAUCUAUCUAUCUAUUUCAUUCUGUUCAUAUCUAUCUAUCUAUCUGUUGUAGAGUAG